AUGUCCUCCUUCGAACGCGCCAUUUCGAAUGUAAUGGAUUACUUGGGAAAAAUCACCUCCAACUGCACAUCUGAGGCUGCAAAACCGUACACAAAGACCUCACUGCCAUGGGUUCCGGCUGAUGCGAUGUGA